AUGGUCGCUCUGCUGCGCCCGGGAGGAAGCCCUCUGGCCGGGCCGCUUUCCCCGAGAGCGAGCAGCGCAGGGUCCGGGGCCAGGGCGUGGGCCUGCCUUCUCUUCGGCUCAGGAUUCAUUCAAAGCGGUGGCGGCGGACAAAUGGAGGCCGAAGCGGCGGUUCCCUACAAGUUCUUCUCCGACCCGUCCACCAUCAACGAGAAACGGAAGCAGCGCAGGAUCCGGACCACCUUCACCAGCUCACAGCUGAAGGAGCUGGAGAGAGUCUUUGCCGAGACGCACUACCCGGACAUCUACACCCGGGAAGAGCUGGCCCUCAAAAUCGACCUCACCGAGGCCCGAGUGCAGGUGUGGUUCCAGAACCGCCGGGCCAAGUUUCGGAAGCAGGAGCGCGCGUCCAACGCCAAGGGGCAGAGCAACGGCGGCAGCGGCGGCUCUGCGGCCAGCAAGAAGCCAGAUCCCCGGUCCUCCUCGGAGGAUGAUGAGUCCAAGGAAUCCAACUGCAGCCCAACGCCGGACAGCACGGCCUCUCUGCCCGCUGCCGGGGGCCUGAACAGUCCUGCCGACAGCUUGAGCCCCAGCCCCGGGACAGGGCAGCAAGGUGUGGGCGCCAGCCACGCCACCCCCACCCUCAAGUCUCCCCUGUGGGCAGGCGUGAGCACCAGCAACGGCGGCACCAACACGGCCGACCUCCUGAAGGCCUGGCAGCCCUCGGAGGCCAUGCCUGGACCUUUCUCCGGCGUCCUGUCCUCUUUCCACAGGAAGCCCACUCCGCUCAAAGCCAACCUCUUCUAACAGAAGCACAACCACACGCAAGUCCCCUCCCUUCCAUAGCUGCCAGAGGUCCUGUCCUGCUGCCCGUGAAGUCCCAGCUCUGUCUUAAAGAGCAGCAGCAGCAGCAGCAGCAGCAGCAGCCCUUGACUUCCUGGGCAAGAGCUCACAACUUGCUCCAGGCAGUUCUGAACAGUGGCCCCCCUCCCUCGUCGUGGUUGAGACCACUUGCCAUCUCCUUCAAGACUCCUGCCCCAGGAGGGGACCAGGUAUGGAUCACCCAGCCCUCCAAUCUGUGUGAAGGAGACCCGGGGCUUCAAGAUAUGCAUCCUGGGUGGUGGAUCUGUCCUUUCUUCUGCACGAAGGUCAA